CCUCGGACCGAGGCGGGACUUCCGCCGGGAGCCGGAAGAGAGGCUCGUGGGUCUCCCUGGCGUUCUCUCUCUCCCUUCUCUUCUAUCCUCUCCCUCUCUCCCUCGUAUGUGAGCGAAUUGUCCCCGCUGCUUCUUGGCAUCGAAACGUUCCGGGGCUCGGACCCGCUGCCGCCGCCCCUGCCCUCUCCUUCUGCCGCCACCGAUCCGCGCCCGUCCCCUCCCGCUUGCCGCUUCUCCCUCUUCCUCCUCCUCCCUGCUGCCGCCGCCACUUUUCCGCCUGGACGCCGCCGCCUCUGCCCCUCUCCCCGGUUUCUCUCGCUCUCGCUCUCUCACCCCUUCCUGGGACUCGGAGGCGGCGGCGGCGGGGGUCAGCGGCGGAGGCGGCGGCAGCGGCGGCGGCGGCAGCAGAAUUCCCGACCCGGCUUUCCAGCGAGAUUCCUCCGGCCCUCCGGGGCCUCCUUAGCCUUGGUUUUGACAGGUGCCCCAAGACACUGAGCUGGUUUUACUACAACAAAAACUGCUACUUUUUUUUCCAGGUCUUUUCCUGCUUGAAAUUGGCAUUCCUUAUUGUCUUCUGUUGGAAGAGUUAUUUCUUGCAAAAUACAUAAGGACUGUGACAGCUUUCCAAACUGAGGGAUUUUCCAGAACUCAGUAGAUGCAGGACUGUGUUACUGCUACAGAAAAGAGAAACUGACUGACAGGUAUCAGAGAAGGAGCCUACAGUUUGAAUCUUAGGUGAUCUAUAUAGUUCUCUUUGAGGAGUCAAAAAGCAGACAGCUCAUGACUUCUGAUCAGGACACUAAAAUUGUGGCUGAACCGCAGGUGCAGCAAGAAGUUAAGGAUAGUUCUCAUCUGGAGCCAGCCAAGGUUUCAGAAUUAAAUCCUAAUGCAAAAGUGUGGGGGAAUCACAUGAUACACGUGGAAGCAAGUGGUACUGAAAGAGGUGUGAGCAAACAGUGGGAAGAAGUAACAGAUCAUCCACCAGAUUCCUGUAAAGAAGCAUUAGAGGCCAAUGGUGAUGGUGACAAAAAACACCAGAAUGAAUCGUUCAAAGGACAUCAAGAACCAUCACUAUCUGUUCCAUUAUCAAAUCAAACAGAUAUGAACCCUUUGGCUCUAGAUCAUGCAGAAUACAAAACAGUACAUGAAAACACUGAGUCAGGAAGUAAAGAAAAUCUUCGGCCAGAAGAUCAAGAAAAUUUACGAGAAGCGCUUAAAAAAACACUGGAGUUCUGCUUAUCAAGAGAGAAUCUUGCCAGUGACAUGUAUCUUAUAUCUCAGAUGGACAGUGAUCAGUAUGUGCCAAUAAUCACAGUAGCUAAUCUUGAUCACGUCAAAAAGUUGAGCACCGAUAUGGAUUUGAUUGUUGAAGUGCUGCGAUCAUUGCCUUUAGUCCAGGUAGAUGAAAAAGGUGAAAAAGUCAGACCAAACCAAAAUCGCUGUAUUGUAAUUUUGCGUGAAGUACCUGAAUCCACUCCAAUUGAAGAGGUUCAAGCACUCUUCAAAAGUGAGAAUCUGCCUAAAUUCAUCAACUGUGAGUUUGCGUAUAAUGACAACUGGUUUAUUACAUUUGAGUCUGAAGCGGAUGCACAACAGGCUUACAGAUACCUUAGAGAAGAUGUGAAAACUUUCCAAGGAAAACCAAUUAAGGCACGAAUAAAAGCAAAAGCUAUAGCUAUAAAUUCAUUUUUGCCAAAGAAUGGAUACAGACCAGUGGACAUGAAUAUCUACACACAACAGCGUUAUACAACAUCAUUUGCAUACUUACCUCCAGUAUACGGGCCCCAACAGCAAUUUCCACUAUAUAGUUUAAUUACACCACAAGCCUGGUCUACAACACACAGCUAUAUUGAUCCAUCGUUGGUCGCCCCAUUUCCAAAUACUGGAUUUAUCAAUGGAUUUACAGCUCCUACUUUCAAGCCAACUGUUACUCCACUUGCUACUCUUAGGCAGUAUACACCAAGAACCAGAAAUCCCAGCAAAUCAUAUCUACGGCAUACAAUUCCUACUGUAGACAGAGGGACUGGAUUGCUAGAGAGCCCUACAAUAUUCAAUCUUUCUGCUGACCGAUUAAUCAACGGUGUCAGGAACCCACAAACCAGGCAUCCAGGACAAAACAGGACACGGAUGCAAAGUACUACAAACUAUAUAAAGCGAGAUGUAGGGAGCGGGCGAGUAGAAUCCACGGCUUCAGAUUCAUCCCCCAGCUUAGGCAGAGGAAGAAAAAACUCUUACGGCUAUCGAAAAAAGAGAGAUGACAAGUUUGUGAGAGGACAAACGCAGUCUCCACCGCCUACAAAACCGCCAUCUCCAAGUUUUGAGCUGGGGUUGUCCAGUUUUCCUCCCUUGCCUGGAGCUGCUGGCAAUCUAAAGACUGAAGACAUGUUUGAAAACCGGUUGUCAAAUGUGAAUGUGUCAUCAAAAGAAAAAGGCAUCAGUGUAGGUACAAACACAGUACCAGCUGGGAUUCCUCGUGAGCUUUAUUUGCCGGUUUCUUCUGCUCUGCCAAGGACAUCUGAAACAUCUCCUUCCCCAUCCCAGGCUCCUGAUGAUCCCAAAGCUAUGGACAAGCAGAAAGAAACUCAAAGUACUCAAAGACGUUGGUACAUUGUUACUACUGCUUCUAAAUCAGUACAGGUCAAUGGGGGCCAUCUAGCACAGGAACGGCGAAAACCUAGUUAUGCAGAAAUCUGUCAGAGGAUUAGUAAGGAUGCAGCUCCAUUGCAGUCUCCAAAAGAACAGAAGCCAAACACUGUUGCUUGUGGGAAAGAGGAAAGGAAACCCACAGAAACACUAGAAAGAAGCAAAGAAUUGAAGUCUAAAGACCAGUGGAGACCAUCAAGACACAGGUCUCCUCUUCCUCCAUCCGUUGGAAAACGUCUGACUAAAGAACAGAGCACUCCUCCCAAAUCUCCUCAGUGAAAGUAGCACUUAGGUUGAAUUUCAAGAAGUUUUCACUAUGAAAUUACCCUAUGUUGACACUCAGAGUACAAAGAAGGAGUUGCUGGUUAAAAGCUUGCAGGGGUUAUGAAGUAUAUGAAAUGCCUGCUAGAGGUUUUUUGUUGUUGUUUGUUAUUGUUUAUUUCUUUGUAAAAUAGUUUAUUAUUAUUCUUUUCUUACAUCCUUAUCAAAUUCCCCUUGAGCAACCAGUCAAUUCCGUCGGUUUAAUUAAAUUUUAUGUUAGAUUGGUGCUGAACAUAAGACAAUGCCUAAAAUCUUUUUUUUUUUAUAUUAUUAGAAGGAAGAUGCAUUAAUCUGAAAUCCAUUUUUAUGAAGCCUCCAUGUAUGGAUGAAUACAAGCUCAUUCUAAUGAGGUUUUUUUUUCCCCUAAUUUACUAGACAGAACUGUGCUGCUGUAUUUCUUUAAAUAACUGGUUUGUAAGUAAGAAUCUUCAAAAAAAGUCCUGAAUACUAAUAAUAGCUAAUACAUGAAAUAUAAAGCAGAACAGAUGAUUUACAAAUCAGUAAGACAAGUUAACUUUUUUUUUUUUUUUUUGAAAUUCCAGUUGCUGUAGCAAAUCAGCAGACAAGUAACCAGUUUCUCAGUCCAAGAUGAAAUGAUCUCAUGACUUUCUGGAAAAGAAAAAAAAAGCACAUUAUAAAUUAAUUAAAUGUGCCCUUGUGUAUGGUGGAUGCAAGCUAAUGGCAGUUUUUCACAAGAUAGCACAAUAGCACUCUUGUGAUGAAGAUUUCAAUUUUUUGUCCUUCUCUCAACCGGGAAGCUAAUUUUGAACCCUUUUCUGAUUGAAACCCAUGCUCUGUGUAAGUUUUCAAAACUGUGUUCCAAAUGCUCUUUGAAAGAGUUUAUAUCUUAAAUCAGCCUGAGUGCUGACACUUUCUAUACCUACCAACAUUGGCACAUGGAUUUAAUUUCUUUCUUUUAGUCCAUGAAUUGAUGGUGUUUUAGUAUGUGUGUGCAAGGAUGCACAAGAAAGACAUUGCCCUGUAUCCUGCCUGGGGUGAGAUUUAAGACACUUUAGAAGCAACAUGCUUUCUGAAGGACAAGGCUGCACUUAAUACAUUUCUAAUAAAGUUGCUGAUAAAUUAUUUUUUGUUUUAAAUACCUAAAGCUUUUCUUUUUGGGUGUUUAAGCAGCAGAUGGUUCAGAUCAAAAGGUGUUCCUACUAAGUAGUUUAUUCCACCUACACACGCACACCUACACACACACAUACAUGCAUACACACCAAAAGAUUUAUUUAAACAACUGAUUUUUUUAAAAGAAUUAUUUCCAUCCAAUUUUUAAAGACUUGAAUUUUAUUUAAACUUGAAAAUGACUUUGCCUUAACUUUUGUAUAAGACAGCUUAGAAUUAUUGAAGUCUGACCCCAUUAAGGGUUAGCACAGGGUGGCAUAUACAGAAUUACUCAGUUACAGUAUCUAUGUACUGUCACUGGCCUUACUGGGUAAACAUACUCUAGUACAGGUCGUAGUGGCAGUUUUUGUAAUAUACCUUAAAAAGAUCUUAAGCAGUUGAUCUUUUUCAAAAUGUUGAAAAAAAAAUCUGUAAAUGGAAAUAGUCAAUACUGUAUUAAAAUGUGCACUUGGAAGUGUGUGCUUUUGCUUGUACAGGUGUAAAUAAUCAGAACAUAUAAAAAGGUACCAUUAAAAAACCUGAUAAAAAUUAUUGAUAUAUUAUAAAUGUUGCUGUUGAACUGGAUGUAGAUAACUAAGUGUUGUGGUUUGGAUAUUACUUUAAUUUGUUUUUCCCUUGUUUCUUUUUCUUUACUCUGAUAAGUUGAGCUAAGUCUGCCUCUUCACUGCUAAGGGGAAUGGAAGAAAGCCUGUCUUUAAAAGUCCUGACAUUGUAAAUACUUUCUGGAAGUUUUGCAUUUUGUUCAUAUGGAACACAGGUGUGCAGUAUAAAUUUCAAUUCCUAGGACCUGAAAUUAGUAUUAUUUUAAUGAAUUAGAAAGAAACAACAUUGCCACCAGAAGCUCCCACCCCAGGUAUAUUCAACUACUUGUAGGCCAACACAUUAGUAAAACUGGAUUUAAAAUUUCCACAUAGCUAUUUAAAAAGCAAACAAUUAAAAAUCCUAGAGCAGUUGAUCUCCUAACAUAAGUUGCUGCUAUUUAUAAUUAUCCUUACCAAAAGAAAAACAAACAGAUCAUCUUGCUCCUUGCACUGCAGACUUUAAAAUGGCAAGUUGAGUCUUGUUUGUUAAUUCCUGAGAAGAUACACAAGGAGAGAGUCAAAAUCAUCUUAUAUAACAUUGGUUUAUCAUUGAUCCUCCCCCCCCCCUCCACUCCCAUGAGCAGUGAAAGAGGGGCAGUGAGACAGGAGGUAUAAUUUAGGCCAGCUAUGAGUUGUCUUCAUUUGCCUGCUGAGAGCAUGAAUACAACAGCUGCAAACAAAGAGAAGAGGCCACAAGUAUAGAGCUAAUCAUUGGAGCUAGCUUACGAUAACUUUUGCAGGUCAGUAGAUAGGCUGUAUUAUUUUUAAUGCAUUUGCUGCUGCUCUUUAUACUAGGCUAAUACACUGUAAUUCUCACUCAAAUAACAGUCUGUUUACUGUGAUGGCUUUUUUUUUUCUUUAAAAGAAAGUGUCAUGCCAAAUAAUUCCAGUAAUUUUUAACAUUCUCGUAUUCAAACAGUUCAGGACUAUUUAACAACACAGGCUAUUUAUGUUUAGCUAUUCAGAUCUGCCUUUUUUUUAAAGUCUUCUUAAAUUAUUGAGUUGCAGGUUAAAACAACCCAUUGGAAAGGGUGGACAGGAAGGCCACCCUUUGGUGCUCCUUGAAAUAGAAUUAUAUAGGUUCUUCUGAGUCUGUUUAUUCAAAGGAUGCAUUCAAAUAUGAAUUUUGUUUCUGCAUAUUUAAUAUGUACAGUAUUUUUUGCCUUAGGAUGUCCUAUCUACCAUUACUACCCUUGCUCCAAUUUUGAAUCUAGUCAGAAAAACCAAUAAAUUGUCACACCCUUAAUUUUGGUUACUAUUUUUUUUUUUCUGCCUCUCUUCUGGAAUUAGAACUUGUUUUCAGAGAGGUGUCAUUCCUUGGAUGCAGUGUUUUGUCACAGCCACUGAUUGACCAAGGUUUCCACUUGUUUCUAUAUCCCUUUCAACAUGCUGUAGUUUUUAGGGGUUAUGGGCCCAAAUCAGACUGCUAGCAGCGGACAAUCAAAGGUGAUAGCUGCCAAGUCACUAAAGUGAUAGCUGCCAAGUCACUAAAGCAAAGAUGUCAUAGGGAGGCCAUGUUUUUCCUGAAGGUGGGUUUUUAGUUCUUCUGUUUAAGACUGGAAUCAAGCUUACAUGUAAACUAUUUGAUAAUUUAAGUUUCCUUUUAUGUCAUAAAAUGUACAACUGUCUAAAAAUGUAGGUUAUGAAAAAUAAAAAGAUUUAGCACUG